ACAUGAACAUGUCAUGAAUCGCUCGCAAGCAUUAAGGCCAUGUUUUGCAAGCCGUUUCUUCCUCUUCUCCUCUGGAUGGAGCGAUGGAACUUGGCACCAGUGGGUGAAUACUUGUGAGCUCACCUGAAACGAUGAGGUGCAGACGUCUCUAUGCCUGGCAUGGAUGGAGAUCGAUGACAGAAAGCAGGCUAGUCGGAUUCGGUAUUAGCCUGAAACAGGAACGCGCUACCUGGCGUCGGCUUGGCCGGCCUUUGGUUUUCCACUCGACACCACCACCAUCAAUCGCCGACAGAGAUUGCUCCUGCAACGUCGCUGGGCUCGCAUGAUUUUGCGUGCCUGGCUUGGUUUCCAGAAAACGAGGGAAGCUGCCGAUGGACAACACGGAGCAUCGUCGACAACCUGUAGCCCCGAGCAUAUUCGCGCAUGAAGUCUCCGGACGACAUGCGUGGGUUCAGCCAGCCGGAUCCUUCUCCUCGACAGUCGGAUCAACCAGUGGGAUGGCGGUUGAACAAAGGCAAUGCUCUAGAAGAAGCGGGCUCGGACCGCGCGAGUCUCUCUGGCAUCUUUCACCCAUGGGGAUUCCCUGCCGCUUCAUCCUCUUUCUCGCAAGGGAAGGAUGGGAGGGCGGCGCAAUGGGAUUGGUGCUCGUUUUCAGCUCGUACACAUGUAGGGAGGACGUUUGACACAUUCGCUAUGCAUACGGUAUACGCGUCCAUCAUCUACUCUGCUCCCUUGUGGCGUCUAUCUUGUCCGUCUCUGGCUCGUUGCCUGCCGCAGAAUAUAUCUAAGCUCGGGUGA